GGUCGCCAGCCGAGCGCCGGGAGUGGGGAGCGGAAGCGGCGGCGGGCGGCGCUGGGACCCGGGAGCGGCCGGAGAACAAGGGAGCUGGCGCCCCGGCCGGCGGCUGAGCGGGGCUGAGCAGCGGGCCGCGCCGAGCGCCGCCGGAGAGAGAGGCCCGGCCCCGCUGCCCGAGCAGGCCGCGCGCCGCGGGGCCGAGGCCGGAGCCAUGGGCGAGACCAAGAUCAUCUACCACCUAGACGGGCAGGAGACGCCGUACCUGGUGAAGCUGCCCCUGCCCGCCGAGCGCGUCACCUUGGCGGACUUUAAGGGCGUUCUGCAGAGGCCCAGUUAUAAGUUCUUCUUCAAGUCUAUGGACGACGAUUUUGGAGUGGUGAAGGAGGAGAUCUCGGAUGACAAUGCCAAGCUACCCUGCUUCAAUGGCCGCGUGGUGUCCUGGCUGGUAUCCGCUGAGGGCUCUCACCCAGAGCCAGCCCCCUUCUGUGCUGACAACCCGGCAGAGCUGCCACCUUCAAUGGAGCGCACAGGAGGCAUUGGGGACUCUCGACCCCCAUCUUUUCACCCUCAUGCCAGUGGAGGCAGCCAGGAGAACCUGGACAAUGACACGGAGACCGACUCCUUGGUGUCUGCCCAACGGGAGCGGCCCCGACGGAGGGAUGGCCCAGAACACGCAGCCCGGCUCAAUGGAACUGCGAAGGGGGAGCGGCGGCGGGAGCCAGGCGGCUAUGACAGUUCAUCCACCCUUAUGAGCAGUGAGCUGGAGACUACCAGCUUCUUUGACUCUGAUGAGGAUGACUCCACCAGCAGGUUCAGCAGCUCCACAGAACAGAGCAGUGCCUCGCGCCUGAUGAGGAGACACAAGCGGCGGCGGCGGAAGCAGAAGGUCUCCCGGAUUGAGCGGUCCUCAUCCUUCAGCAGUAUCACAGACUCCACCAUGUCCCUCAAUAUCAUCACGGUCACUCUCAACAUGGAAAAGUAUAACUUCUUGGGCAUCUCCAUUGUGGGCCAAAGCAACGAGCGAGGUGACGGAGGCAUCUACAUUGGCUCCAUCAUGAAAGGUGGGGCUGUGGCGGCCGAUGGACGCAUUGAGCCAGGAGACAUGCUGUUACAGGUAAAUGAGAUCAACUUUGAGAACAUGAGCAAUGACGAUGCAGUCCGAGUACUUCGGGAGAUCGUACACAAACCAGGGCCCAUCACUCUGACUGUAGCCAAGUGCUGGGACCCAAGUCCACGUGGCUGCUUCACAUUACCCCGGAGUGAGCCCAUCCGGCCCAUUGACCCUGCAGCCUGGGUCUCUCACACUGCAGCCAUGACAGGCACCUUCCCUGCCUAUGGCAUGAGCCCCUCCCUGAGCACCAUCACCUCCACCAGCUCCUCUAUCACCAGCUCCAUCCCCGACACAGAACGCCUAGAUGACUUCCACCUCUCAAUCCACAGUGACAUGGCAGCCAUCGUAAAAGCCAUGGCCUCCCCUGAAUCAGGGUUGGAGGUUCGAGACCGCAUGUGGCUCAAGAUUACCAUUCCCAAUGCUUUUAUUGGCUCAGAUGUGGUGGACUGGCUGUACCACAACGUGGAAGGAUUCACAGACCGGCGGGAGGCCCGCAAGUACGCCAGCAACCUGCUGAAAGCCGGUUUCAUCCGCCAUACCGUCAACAAAAUCACGUUCUCCGAGCAGUGCUACUACAUCUUUGGUGACCUCUGUGGCAAUAUGGCCAACCUGUCACUUCACGACCAUGAUGGCUCCAGCGGCGCCUCUGACCAGGACACACUAGCUCCUUUGCCACACCCAGGGGCUGCUCCUUGGCCUAUGGCUUUCCCUUACCAGUACCCACCACCUCCGCAUCCCUACAAUCCACACCCAGGCUUCCCAGAACUAGGCUACAGCUACGGCGGGGGCAGUGCCAGCAGUCAGCACAGUGAAGGCAGUCGAAGCAGUGGCUCCAACCGAAGUGGCAGCGACCGGCGCAAGGAGAAGGACCCAAAAGCUGGGGACUCCAAAUCAGGUGGUAGUGGCAGUGAAUCAGACCACACUACACGCAGCAGUCUGCGAGGGCCGCGGGAGCGGGCACCAAGCGAGCGCUCAGGCCCAGCGGCCAGUGAGCACAGCCACCGCAGCCACCACUCGCUGACCAGCAGCCUGCGCAGCCACCACACGCACCCCAGCUAUGGCCCGCCCGGAGUGCCUCCUCUUUACGGUCCCCCGAUGCUUAUGAUGACCCCGCAGCCUGCAGCCAUGGGGCCCCCAGGAGCGCCUCCAGGCCGUGACCUGGCCUCGGUGCCCCCGGAACUGACAGCCAGCAGACAGUCCUUCCGCAUGGCAAUGGGAAACCCCACUAAGAAUUCCGGGCUGUUUGACUUUCUGUGAGCCCCCAGGAAAGGGAGGCCCAGCCUCCAAGGAGACCAGGAACUCUGCUUCAGCAUCCCCAAAGAUGUCCAUCCCUCACACCCACACUGCAAGGUCACUAGGCUUCUGGGAAGGACCUCAGCUUCACCCAGCAUAACACCUCUGUUCUUUCCAGAGGGAAGUAGAGAAAUUUUCUCCCCACCCCCUCUCACAGACACACACAGACAGACACACACACACACAUAGACACACAGAGGUGUGCCUAUGCAAGUUUACAUAAGCCUCAGGGCUGGUCCCUGCCCAGAGGGCUGGACCCUUUCUCCAAGUCAUCUCCUAGAUAGUGGGGCUGGUCCCUAACUGCCCUCUCCCCUUUCUGCUUGCCCUCAAGCCUCCCGCACAUAUUCCUGAGAACUUGGUACUUGGAUAAAGCCCAAAAGCUAGGGCUCAACAGGUAACAAACAGGUCGUCUCUACUUCCCUCCUGCCCCUGAAUCCCUUACAGCCUGCCCUGUCUCAUCUUCACCAUGGUAUCUGAAAGCAGAGCCAGGAAACACAGGCCAGUUGAAGUUAUACAAGAGGACUACUGGGACCUCCAGACAGUUCCAGUUAUUUUUAAAAUUGUUUUCCACCUUGUCACAAUUUUCUCUUUAAAACUCUGUUGACUUACCCAGACUUGUAUUUUCAGGGCAAAGUUGUCAGAGCUGGGGAUGUAGCUCUGUAGUAGAGUACUUGCCUAGCAUGCCCUGGGGUUCAGUCCCCAAAAAAUGCCUCCCUCCAUCAGGAUGUCCUUAGCCUAUGUUUGGGGGAAAACUGAGGUAGGGAUAUUUUGACAUUCAUUUAACAAAUAUUUCCGAGGAUUUUAAUGAACAAAGGGCUAUGUUAGAAGCGUAACUCGGUCUCACCUGUCUUCAGUCCCCUCUGACUGCUACGUCCUAUUCUCUUGAGAACCCCUCCACGGUGCUCCUGCAUUGGGUGCCAGUGUUUCCAUGAUCCCAUCUUUGGCUCACUUCUCUUUCUUUCCAAAACUGUCUCAUUUUUUCUCUUUCCAAUUGCUGUUGAUAUGCUGGCCAUUUCUAAAUAUGUAUUCCCAGGCCCAGCUUUCCCCACUCUUCAGAUCUCUUUAUUACUCACUGGGCAUCUCCAUAGGCAUGUCCAUGUGUCCCUAGCCAAGUAUUAUUCCUCUUGAAUUCCUGUCCUGGUGAUCUUCAUCACAGUCUACUGAGGCCCACCAGCCAGAGACAUUUAUGGGCUUCAUUCCUUCUUCCUACAUGGCAUUAGUCAGCAUAUCACACCCUUCCACUCUGACACUCUUUCUCAAGUUCCUUUCCUUCCUUUUAAUUUACAGAGCAUGGGAUUUGGAGUCAGGUUGGUUUGGGCUUGAAUUCCAGCUCUACCAUUUUCAGUUGUGUAAUAGUUAUUUAACCUCUCUGGAGCCUCAGUCCUCCUGUAUGUAAAAUGACGAUAAUAAUACCUACCUCACAGGGUUGUUGUGAGGAUUUAAAUUAGAUAUUGUACGAAACGUGCCUAGCACAGUGCCUGGCACACAAUAGAGUAGGUGCUCAAUAAAUGGUAGCUAUUAUUAUUA